CGCUGAUUGAGACCAUGACACCAGCCAAAGUAGCCCUCGUAACAGCCGGCUCCCGAGGCGUCGGGGCGGCGAUAGCGCGCGCCCUCGCUCGCGACGCCCACCUCCGCGUGGCUAUCAACUACCACUCCGACCAGACAGCGGCGAACAUCCUCAUCCAAGAACUCACCACCCUCUCGUCACUCUCGCGGAGCUCCACCUCCAACUUCAUCGCCCUGCAAGGGGACAUGGGCAACCGGGCGGAUAUACUUCGCGUGGUGGCGGAGACCGUGGACGCCUUCGGGCGGCUGGAUGUGGCCGUCUCGAACGCGGGCUGGACCCGGAUGACGAAUUUCAUGGAGCUGGACGAUGCAGAUAACGAGGACGACUGGGAUAGGUGUUUCCAGAUGAAUGUGAAGAGCCACUUUCAUUUGUUCCAUGCGGUGCGGCCGCAUCUGGAGGCGACGGAGGGGGCGUUUGUGGCGACGGCUUCGGUGGCGGGGGUGCAACCGAGUGGGAGUAGUUUGCCCUAUGCUGUGACCAAGGCGGCGUUGAUUCAUCUCGUGCGCAGCCUGGCGGUGAUUGCGGCGCCGCGGAUUCGAGUGAAUUCGGUCGCGCCGGGGGUUCUUUUGACGGAUUGGGGACGUCAGUUCUCAGAAGAGACGCUUCGCUCGGUGCAGGAGAGGAAUGCGCUCAAGCGGUUCGCAACGCCAGAGGAUGUGGCUGAUCAGGUCCGCUUCCUGGCGACGAGUCCCUCGAUUACAGGACAGAAUAUUGUCAUAGACGCCGGGUUUUCGCUAUGAAAGUUGUCCAAACAUCCUCCAAUUGCG